AUGACAGCCACAACCACGCUCGCCGCGCCACCGCCAACAACCUGCUGCCCCAGCUGCGGCCUGUCCACGGCCCCCUCGGCCUUGGCAGAGGCAGACCUCGCCCUCGCGCGCCAGAAAAUCGCCCAGCUCGAGUCCAUCAUCAACGACCUCAACGCCAAAGCCAGCGACGCCGUCGGCCGCUGCGCCAAGUACGACGAGGAGCUGCACGCCCUGCGAGCGCAGCACCAGCACCGGCCCUCGACCCCGCAGCGGCCGCCGUCGCAGACUUCCCCCUCGCCGGCCACGACGACGACGACGCAGUCGCCCACGCUGCCGUCACGCCUCUCGUCGUUCCUGUACCCGCGCAAGUCGACGCCGACCCUACGCGCCGACACGCGCCGCCAAAACUCCCUCCCGCUGCCCGCGCCGCCGCCGCCGCCGCCGCUCUUCCCCGACGCCGCCUCGACAGAGGACCUCGUGGAGGCGCUGACGCGCGAGCAGACGCUGCGCAGGGAGGCCGAGCGCCGCCUGAGCGCCACGAGCAAGGAGGUCGAGGAGCUGAGCGUCAGCCUGUUCGAGCAGGCCAAUGAGAUGGUGGCCGCCGAGCGCCGCGCCCGCGCAAAGCUCGAGGAGCGCGUGGGCGAGCUCGAGAAGCGCGACGACGACAAGGGGAGGCGCCUCGAUCGUCUGGAGGCUGCCGUGGCCCGCAUCGAGCGCGUCAGGGGCAUGCUCGGCAAGUGA